AUGUCUGAGAGGUCGUGUCCCGUGUCUGGGUCAUUCGCCGGCCCCGGUGGGGUGUGCCCGGCCGGUUCGAGGGCGUCCUCAAGGACCCGCGGACCUCGUGGUUGUUCAUUCUCUGGCUAUGCCCAGGCAGGAGACCUUCACGCUGCUUUUGAUAUCCCCAGAGGUGUAGACGUCGAUGAGUUCCUCAGGACAAGGGAACGAAAGGCCAUUAACGAAAUCCUGUAUUCCAAAAUCCCGUCAGCAGACUACAUCAAACAGGUGAAGAAUGUCGACACACUCACAGCCGACGACCGCGACUUAUUAGCAGUGGCGCUCGGCGCCCCCGCCCGACAAGUCAUGAUUAGAGCCGAGGAAAUUGGUGCCAGGACAGGAUGGAAGGACGGUUAUCUCAGCGCCGAGUACGGUUUCUUCCCGCCCGAUGCGAAUGACGCUGCCGGUGCCCUUGCCAACUCACCAGGUCGUGUGUGGUCCGAUCUUUGCGAGAGGAUGCCCGGAUGUGUCGGGCGCGGUCGUGUUAGGGAAUCCAUUGCCGCGCUACCAAUGGUGGAGGGAACCGAAGAUGUUAUCCCCGACAGGGCGCUGUGGGCUGCCAUUGUCGCUCUCGGCAUGCUUUGCUCUAUCUACCGAUACGAAGACAAGAACGACGGCUACGAUGGCGUGAGCAUCAACAAAGUAUCGACCCGCCCUCAAGUCGAGAUGGCCGAUUACCUCGGCCCCGAACUCAUCGGUAUUCCCAAGGUUAUCGGUCUGCCGUAUUGGCAAAUCUCCCGUCGCAUGGGCCGUGCGAUUCCCCACCUCACCUUCUACGACCAGGCAACCUACAACCUCAAGGUCAGGGAUCCGACGUCUACCGUACCCUAUGUUGGCAGAUUCGACAACACGGAUCUUCGAUGGCCCAUGUUCGGCGAACGAACGGAAAUUGCUUUCCUCAAGGGCUGUGGUGAUACUGAUGCUUCCUUCCAACAUGGACCCGAUGCCAUCGCCGCUUGCCAAGAGGCUGUCAUGAACCGAAACAUCGAAGGCCUUCUCCGUGAGAUGAUUCGACUCAAGGAAAUCCUCGAACGAAUGCCUAAUGCCUUCCACUCCAUCUCGACGAAUCCCAGCUCAGGGGACAAUUACGUCUCGGCCAUGGAGUGGGUUCGCUGGGGCAAAUUCUCCGCUCCCCUCUCAAAGCGAUGCCCCGCUGCCUCCGGUCUCCAGUUCUCGCCCUAUCUCCUCAUGGACGCGUUCCUUGGUCGCAAGAAGUACGACUCUUUCCUCGGAAAUGAAGGUCUUCACCUCCGCGCGUGGCUGCCCUCCAACCUCAGGGCCUUUAUCGCCGCCAUCGAGUACCACUACCGCAUUCCGGAAUUCGUUGUUGAAUCGGGUGACCCUCGGCUCAUGGGUGUCUUGGACGGAAUCAUUGAGGCAUACACGGGCGAGCGAGGAUUCAUGGGCACUCACCGAUACAAGGUUUUUGGUAUUCUCGAGGUAGCCUCCAAGACGGGCCGUACCGAGACCAACGGAAACUCUGGAGCUUCCGACAACGCCGGUCGACCUUGGGAGGAAGUUCACCGACAGUUCUCUGACGCCAUGAAGGAGCGGCUGGAGCCUUUCCGCGGCGCCAAUCUCGUCGAUCCCAAUGAAAUGCGCGGUACCUUUGAAGAGUGCCGAUACAAAUCUAGGAUCCUCAGCCGGCAGUUCGUGGACUCUGAUCCCCAUCGUUCUCUCGCCAUGGUAACUCUCGACCUCAGCGAUACUGGCGUGACUUUCCAGCCUGGCGACAGACUGGCCGUUAUGCCCCUGAACUCGUGGGGUGAGUGCGCCAAGGUGGCUGCGGCUCUCGGUCUCGAAAACAUGCUCGACUCGCGUGUUGCACUUGAUCGCAAGUGGACCCGUUUCGCCGAACACCUCGACAGCGUCAAUCACGGCAUCAACCUCCACGGAAGGAGGACGGGUGCCAUCCGACAACUCACAGUCAAGGACAUCCUUCGCCGUGGCCACCUGGCUCCUUUGACUAAAGAUCUCGUCCUCAAGAUCCACGCCAUGCUCCGCGCGUCCUCCAACACCGUCUUGCAAGUGCUUGCCACCACUGAGUGGCCGGUCCGUGGUUCGCUUGGUGACCUGCUCCAGUCCGCCGUGCAGGAUACUCCCCCUAGCAUCUGGGACCGAGCUUUCGAUCUCACUACCGACCUCUUCUGGCUCAGUGACCUUGUCCAGGUCGAGGUUCCCCGCACUUACUCCAUCUCCAACUACCCCGAGGAACUCCUCCCCUCAAGCGUCGACCUCACCGUCUCCCGGGCCGAGUACAAGCUGUGUCCCACCUUCUCUCACGGUCAUGAAAUCUCCCGCUGCGGUGUCGGCAGUGGUUUCUUGAACCCUCCCAUUGAUUCUCCCGAGAAUGCCCUCAGCGGAGACGAGGAAGUCCUCAUCGGUGUCUCCCGCCCUCUCACCUUCCAACUUCCUCUUGAUGGUGCUGCUCCCUGUGCUUUCUUCGCCGGCGGCAGCGGCAUCGCUCCGUUCCGAUCUUUCUGGCAGGCCCGCAUCGGCCAGACCGUCGGCCGCAACAUCCUCUACCUCGGUGUGCAGAGCCGUGACAAGUUCUGCUACGAGGACGAGCUGCGUCAGUACGUCUCCGGAGGCUACAUGGAGGUGCAUCUUGCCUUCUCUCGUGAUAGCCGCGGUCUCGCGUAUGACCCCGUUCAGCGGGACCUCGUCGAGAAGAGAAUGGAGCCUCGAUAUAUUGAUGCUCUGAUUGCCGAGCAGGGCGCUACCGUUUGCGACCUCGUCAUGUCCAAGAAGCAGGGUGGUCUCGGUGGUUACCUCUACGUCUGCGGUUCAGUUGCCGUCUUCGACUCGUUCAUGUCGGGCAUCCGCAAGGCGAUCUACAAUCACCGUACUGCUACCAUGGAUACCACCGAGUUCAUCAUCAAUUCCGCGUUUGCUGAGCGCAGGAUCAUGUUGGACGUGUUCAUGACACCCAAGCCCCUGCCCUGCAACCUCGCCACGAUCCCGCUUUCGCAACUUGCCGUUCAUACUGGCCAUAGGCCCGGCGGCCGCAUCUGGCUCGGUGUCCACGGUAGCGUCUACGACGUCACCGACUUCUGUCCCAUGCAUCCCGGCGGCACCCUCAUCAUCAAGUCCAACGCCGGUGUUGACUGCUCCAAGUCUUUCGACGCUCUCGCCCACACCAAUAACCCGGAGGUGGCUAGUUUGCUCACCAAGUACUUCGUCGGCCACCUCACGCCCAAGCCAGACUACCACGGGUGUGAGGAGCUCAGUGGCAUCUACGACAUGUGGGCCGAUUACCUACGCACCAGCGUCGAGACCCUCGUGGCACAGCAAUUCGAGAUGGACGAUCUGAUGGGCUCCAACAACAACAAGCUCUGGUACCAGGAGACCAUGAUCAACAUGCUAGGUGUCCGCAUAUUCUACCAAUACCAGUCGCGUCUCCUCCAGGGCGGCUUCUCGGCCCUUUUCGGUCCCAAGUUCCAGGAACUCGUCCUCAAGCUCUCCUUCACUGUCGCCAACACUUCCGGCGGUGCGGAUACCAAGCUGCCCGAUAUCCUCGGCACCAUCGCGCGCGCCAAGACGUCCCCCGACGCCGUCGCCACCUCGAAGGAGAUCGCCCUCGUGGGCCAAUUCAUCUGCGACAGCGAGUCAGCGCGCUUCCAAGAGCGCGGAAUCAUGGACUACGCCAACAAGUCUGUUCAGCUCGAUAUCGAGCUCCUCGAGGACAUCCGCGAAGAAGCCUGUCGCGGCAUGGACGCCUUCGACAGCAUUAUGAACCUCGAAGUAUCCUCGGACCAGCAGCGCACGACGGCCAUCUGUUCGUUCCUCAUGCAGAUCCUCGAGCGCAUGGCUAAGCGCCUCGAGCUCUUCUACUCCAAGCUCGCACAGCACUCCAUCUACAAGCCCGAGCUGGAGCGGAAUCCCGCUCGUACGAGGUGGAACUUUGUACGGCGGCGCAUCCGCGACGGAUCGUUCUUCAUGCUCACCGAUAGCCCCGUCAUGGGCGCCCAGCCUACUUACAAGCCCACGGAGAAGACGGUGGAGUUCGACAAUGUGCUCUUCCAGAUUCAGCAAACGAUCAAGGAUGCGCCGCGGCAAACGGCGCCAAGGGUUCACGUGCCGCUGAACGAGAGGCACACGAUCCGGACGCAGAAGCCGACGCACGGGGCUUCGGCCAUGGAGUCGCACGAGAACUCGGUGGCGUUGAAUCGUAUGAGCCAGUUCAUCGAUAAGAAUAUGAAGGCUAUGAGGAGACUGAGCAAGAUGCCGCCCAUGCCGCUCAAUUUCGAUCAACUCGCUGCGAAGAUGGAGGCGCAGAAUCAGGCGCAGGCGAGGAUUCCAGGGUUGAUGACUCCUCCGUCUAGUCGUGGGUCGAGCCGGUCGCCGUCGAGAGGAGGCCCGCCUCUUUCUUCGGGCAUGCCUAAUCAGAUGCCCAGUGUCCUGGAAGAGCUAGCCGGCCAAAGAAUCCCCCUUCACCGUCGGAACACGGGUAGUUCAGACGGUAGCCUCCACAGCAAUAAUGGCGGGUACGCUCUCACGGGCCGCAUGAUGCCUCCGUCGCCGGCCACCACCCCGCCGCUUGACUCAGCCUCGGCGAUCCAAACGAUGGUCAACAAGCUGAAUCUCAGGUCGAGGGCCUCCGCAGCGAGUCCGUCUCCGGGGUUGAUGGAUCCCGGGCAGAUGGGACACAGUCGGAAUACGAGCAUCAGUUCGUAUCAGGCGGCGAGGAGGAGUCGGGCGCUGUCUUCUACUGGGUCGUUGAGGACGUUUAAGUUACGGGAGUUGGUGGCGAGCAGGAUCGCCGUUUCCGCUCUCUCUGCCGUGGCAGAGUCAACUCAGGCACUCAUCAACAUCAAUUUCGACUUUACAGCGGUGAAAGUCAGCCCUCCCGAAGAAUUCCUAGAUCUCGGGAAGUCCUUAACGGCCAGUCGUCGACAAAAAGCCGAGGAGGGGGCCCUUCACCUCACGGCUCGCCAACUGGGGGCAAUCUUUAAGUCGAUUCUUCCCGACACACCAAAUUUGAUCAAGUCCUACGGUAGGCGCGCAUCCGAAAUUGCCAAAGCGGCAACCGAAUCAGGAGCAUCGCCACUACGUGGCACGGAUAAUCGCAACGAGUUCGUUUCUAGUCUUCUCGCCGGACACGUUGGCGUGGACGGAGCCAGUAUUUGGGCUGGUGCAACAUCUGGGUCGGGUGCAAUACAGGUCCACCUUCUCGCAUGCCUGCUCGCUCGCAUGUGGGACGGGCCGGAGGCUGUGUCCAUAUGGGUUGAGCUCCUCAAAAGCCGCAAGGCCGAGGUCCAGGAACGAUUCGCAGACCUGGGCCAGGUCGACGUUGGAACCGCGGUCGCGCUACACAAGGAAGUCAGUCGAUCGCAGCUGGCCGAGUGGGAUGCCAGCGCCAGAGCGUGGCUACGCAUUGCAGACAUCGUGAAAAUGCCGCAGCAGAAGCAGUUACUCUUAAUCAUCGGCGAUAUGAGCAAGUCCGUCAACUCGAAGCAAGCUCUCUAUGACAGCGUUAUUCAAACGUGGAAAAGUGGGCUCGAGGGUAUGGAGAGCCUCCUCAGCGGCUGCCCUCUUCAGAUGAACAACGGGGAGAUUCUCUUGGCGCUAUCUUCCUGGCACUUAUAUCCUGAUCUGAAUGUGCUAGAUGUAGUGACGAAGAUUGUCCCUCAGGGCGACCCAUUGGUGCCGGCAUCGGGGAUUCUCACUCUGGGGUUGCAAAACUCUGGAAUAGGGGAAGAAUCGGAAUCGGGCCUGAGAUGGUCGCUGCCGCUGGCACAUCUACGUUACUACGGGGAUCCUGUCCAGCGAACUGGCGCCAUUCGAGCGGAGGGCAAGAGACUUAGUCUCGCCGAAUUUAACAUGGCGGUCCUGGGAUGUGUGCUAGGAUCCUGGGCCAUACCGGAUGCUGAUGUUGAGGGCAGCAUGUCGUGGCUGGUAAAGUUGUCUAAAAACUUAGUUCUCCUACGUAACCUCUAUGCAAAAGGGGUUGAGCAGACUUGGCUUGAGAUCCUUGGAGAGACAGCACAGAACUACCUCAGCUCAAAAGGUCUGGACCGCCGAGUUUUCACGCAGCUUCUACGGCUUGGGAGAAACCAUCCCACUUUCAUUGGAGGUCCGUCAGAGCCCUACUUCGGUCUAUCAGCUCCAGAGAGAGCGAUAGCCCUGGCGAAGUGCACCGAGGAGAAGGUACAUAUUCUACGCCGCCUAGCAACGAGGGCCAAGAUACCCUGUAAUCAUGCCAUAAUUCGAUAUAUAUCUGAAGAAACCGGACGGGAGGAAUAUGCAUUAGCAACACCCGCUGAGCAGCUAGUCACUAAGCAAACCGAGAGUGGAGAGGGAAAAGCCAUUACUGGCUAUAGGCGAUGGGUACAGAAGGAAGCACCCAUGUUCGAUCCCACGCAUGUAGAUGGGCCGGAUUCAGAACCGAUGAGGCUGGGCGCCUUUGCUGGAGCCGCUUCAAGCCAAACUGCUUUUUCUACCGCGCCCCAGGGUUACCAGGACUACCAUAUGUAUUACCUUGACUUUCCCUCUAAAGAUCACCCGUCCCCAUCCUCUGACACCCAUGAGGCCACAAAGGACAUCGUUGACUACGAGGCUGAAUUCAAGCGCCAGAAAAAGCGAUACGAGGCUCUGGGUGAAGAGGUCCUCGUCGCGGAACAAGAGCCUUUCGUAACAGUCCUCAAAGCGAACAGGCCCAUGCGAGUCGUCCGAGGUUAUGUUGGGCUUACCCCUAGCCAAUCUUUGCAUCCAUAUGAGUACUGGGAUCGGCCGGUUCGGCACUACGAGAAAUGGCUGGGAAAUGAGGAGUCCGCUGCUCUCUUUCUUCGGUCGGACAUUUCGCCACCGGAGAAAAUCCCCCUUCAGCUGGCCGACAUGAAGCUCCUAUUCGAAACAGGCAAUCUCAACACAGCGACAUUGGCCCAGACUAUGGUAUCCGCAGUUGACUCUCUGGAUGAUGGCUUCAUCAUGUCGAUGCGGGCUUUAUCUACGUUUAACUGCUUGUAUAAGCACCUGAAACAGAGCACUAUCGACGUUCGUGUAUUCAGUGGCAGCCUUCUGCAGACAAAUGCCUUUCAGUUCCUUGCGACGCAUACCAGUUAUCUUGAAACUAGCGACGAUGACGAGGACGAUGAUGGUGGCAACGCUGAAUUUGGGUUUGGGCCAUCUCCCCCUCCAAACGAGACAGAUUCAUUCCAAGAGGCUGCUGCCUUGUCAGAGAGUCAGACACAAACAGUACCUCCAACACUGCAUGUAACCUUCGAAGUGGCAGAGGCGAUUACUACCAUAGCAACCUCUAUUAAAUGGCGUCCCAAACGCCUCACCAUUCAGGAAUCCUUCUCCGCGAUUCUCUACCUGGAGAGUAACUUCCGUAUUCACCCGAACCAACUCCAAAAUGUCAUGGCCAUUUCCAGCGGAAAUUCGAUGUUUAUCUCCAGCGCCCUCAUCUCCGACCCAUCACAUGGACCGAGUCAUGUCAAGAUACGCCACGUCAUGGGCAAUGUUGGCCGGCCGGGAACAGCCCUGCUUGUCCCGCCACUGGAGCCGCGCAUCAUGAAACUAAAGCUUGACCAUUGGCACCUCGUCAACCUUGCUGACUGGGACGGUGGAGCCAGAGACUGCUUCGCGGAUACGACUCUGCAUCUUUGGUUUACGGGUAAAACCCAGGAGGUUGAUAUUGGAUUCUCGGGCGCUCAGGACACAGAGCUGUACAUACUCGAGAGCGUGGUAUCCGUCCACGGCAGAGGCCAGUGGAUCGCUGACUUGGACAUCGUCAAGGCUCUUACGGACCAAUCUAGCCUCUACCGAUGGAGAGGCAUACCAUCGGACGGGAAAGCUUCAGCCUGCCGGAUUCGCAAUCCGGCCCAGAGCGUCGAUAGAUGUGCUGGCGGCCAUGACAUGCAAUAUCGUCAAGACGAUAUUCCACUCACGGCUUUGGAGAACUGGUCAGAGUUGCUGAGCUUGCCGGCCAAUAGCUGCGUAUUCCUUGCCUGCGGCAACUGGCAGGCGAGGCUCGCAGCUACGGUCAUUGCUGUUGCACUGAGGAAGAAGGACGAGACAUUCAGCGAUUCCUCUGAGGAAGAUAAACUCGACCAGUCGGCCAAAGUCAUGUGGCAAUAUGGCAAUGGCCCCCGUUCGGAUUCUGAGGGCAUCGUGGGGAAAGAGCGACUGCGGGAGCUGGAGCAUCUCCAUAUUGACGGGUCGCCUUGGUGGCGAUUACUCGAAUCAUCUCAUUCCGAGGGUCCAUCGUCUCUUUAA